UGCAGUGUUGAUGAGUUUGAUUGGAUUUGGGAUGACGAGUGUCUCUUCAAUGGAAUUUUGGUGGUUCCUUAACCUCAGAGCCACUCUUAUUGCUCUUCUUCUUAUACUCUUUUUUCAUCUUUCCAAGAAAUUCUACUCUAAAUUCCUUCCGUCUUCGUCCACUCGUCGUCUUCCUUCUUCUUCUUCUUCUUCUACAUCCAGUUCUACUCCUGAUUCUCAAUCAAGAAUCCCAGAGAUCGUAUCUGAUUCAGACUUGAAGUUUUUGAUUGAUAAUUUGGAUGAGAAGCUCAAUGAGGACGAGAAAUGGGAGAAUGUAAUCGACAAGAAAACCAACUUUCUUUCCUACAAUGCAAAAUGCUGCAGACCUAAGGAUAAACCACUGAAAUAUUUGAGCACGACUGUAUUUGAUAGUUGCUCUCCGGAGCUUCUGAGAGACUUCUAUAUGGACAAUGAUUAUAGAAAGCAGUGGGAUAAAACGGUGAUUGAUCAUGUGCAGCUGCAGGUGGACACAACAAAUGGGAUUGAAAUUGGCCGCACAGUAAAAAAGUUUCCCCUUUUGACACCUAGAGAAUAUGUACUGGCUUGGAGAUUGUGGGAGGGAAAAGAUAGAACAUUCUACUGCUUUACCAAGGAAUGUGAACAUCCAUCUGCACCGAGACAUAAAAAGUAUGUUCGUGUAAGAUAUUUUAGAUCCGGUUGGCAAAUCAGGAAAGUAGCUGGUAGAGAUGCCUCUGAGAUCAUAAUGUUUCACCAAGAAGAUGCUGGUCUGAAUGUGGAAAUGGCAAAACUAGCAUUUUCAAAGGGCAUAUGGAGUUAUGUAUGUAAGAUGGAUAAUGCACUACGCAAGUAUUUUGCGACCAACCGCCCUCUGACUGCUCCAUCUGUUUCGUCCGUCACUCUGAUUCAGAAGGUUCCGCCUGAAUUAGAUAUGAUAAGUGGCAAUACUCUUCCAGCAGUCUCUGCAUCGAUGCCCACUCUUGAACCUGUUAAUGGUGAACCCAGGGAGAAAAGGUUAUCAAGAAUACCAUCGAGAAGGACUGUAGCGAAAAGUUUGCUUGUUGCUGGGGGUGUGCUCUGUCUGUCUCGUGGUCAUGCUAGCCUGGGUGCUAAAGUUGCAGUGGCUUUCAUCUUAACAAAACUGAGAAAGCAUUGUGAUUCAUCAAGCCAAAGCAGGCGAACUCAAGGCCCAUGACAUUGUUUCAUCUCUGCAACUAUUUUUGAUGGAUGGUUUUUAACGAGGCUUGUUGUUAUACAUAGGUUUUCGCAACUUAGUUAUCAAGUUUAACUACAGUAGGAAAUAAAAUGGUGUAAGGGUGGAGAUUAUUUGAUGUGAAACCCAAAUGUUAUUCUAUAAUUUCUUGUAUUCGAUAUUGUAAAUAUACUCGAAACCCAGAUGUGUGUUUUGCUAAUCACUGCAGUUCAUGAACUUUAAGA